UGCUAGGGGUCAGGGGAAGGGGAAUCUCGCCCAUUGGAGGCAGGGAGGGGUAGGGGCAGAAGGAACCCUGGAAAUCUUGGAGGAGGUGCCGGCUCCCAAUCCCCCAGCUGAGCCUUGAAGGCUUCCACCAGAGAGGAACCUGGAGAGCUAGCAGGGCCCAGACAUGGACACUGGCGUCUGCGCCAGGAAAGGGCAAAGACUGGGUGUGUGAGGCCUCCCUCCCGGAUGUUUGGUCUUUGGUGUAACACCUUCCGGCCCAAGGGGCCCCCCAGAAGUGCGCAGAGCCAGGACCCCCUCCUAGAGGGGGAGACAGGCCCCCUCCUAACAACCCCGGCCAGGCCAGAGGCGGUAGCCAGGGGUCCCCUUCGCUGGGGCCCCAGGAGCAGAAUUCCAUAUUUUUGCCCCUCUCUGUUGCCAGAGCAGGGAGCCAAGUGGGACCUGGCACAGUCUUAGGGUGCCUGGUGGGCCCAAGAGCCUCUUCAAGGUCUCACCAGGAAUUUGGGCUUCUGGGCUCAAACCCAGCCUGGUUGGAGGGGCAUCUGAGCCCCCUCCCCCUGCGCUUCUGCUCUCUGCUCUGCCCUCCUUUUGGUGCGUGUCCAGCCUCCUGUUGGACCAUCAUGAAUACCGACCCAGGCCCCAACUGCUCCUGGGGAGGCUGGCUGUGAUGGUGGAGGAGGUAAACUGGCAGCAGCUGUCACCUAGGAUGGGUCAGAAACCAGAGCAGAUCUGAGGUGUUCCUCCAGCCCAGGGCUGAGCCCUCCACCCCCCUAAACCAUUCUGAGGAGUCUGCCAGGGGCUCUCCUGGGGCCACAGAAAAGAAAAAGCCCCUUGCCAGGAUCUCAGUAGGAAGGAUGCUGCCAGCAUGUCGGUGCAGUCAAUGCUUCGCGAGCGCAUCGCGGCGGCCGAGGAGCUGAUCGGGCGGGCCGAGGCGCUGUCCGGCUCCCGGAAGGGCGGUGUGGAGGGCGGCGCCAAGCUGUGCAGCAAGCUCCGAGCCGAGCUCAAGUUCCUGCGCAAGGUGGAGGCCGGCCGGGUGGCUGUGAAGGAGUCGCACCUGCAGAGCACCAACCUGACGCAUCUGCGGGCCGUGGUAGAGGCGGCCGAGAGCCUGGAGGCCGUCGUGGCGGUGCUGCACGUCUUCGGCUAUGCGGACGGCGCCGGCGACAAGCAGACGCUCGUGGUGGACGUGGUGGCCAACGGCGGCCACACGUGGGUCAAGGCCAUCGGCCGCAAGGCUGAGGCCCUGCACAACAUCUGGCUGGGCCGCGGCCAAUAUGGCGACCGGAGUGUGGUGGAGCAGGCCGAGGACUUUCUGCGCGCCAGCGCCCAGCAGCCUGUGCAGUACAGCAGCCCCCGCGUCGUCUUCGCCUUCUACAAUGGCGUGUCCAGCCCUGUGGCCGACGAGCUGAGGGGGAUGGGCGUCUCUGUCCGGGGGGACAUCGUGGCCGUGAACAACCCCCCAGAGUGGCCCGAGUGGCUCCCGCCCAGUGAUGGCGAGUCGGACGAGGAGGCUCCGGGGCUCCCGCCAGUGACCCGCGUGGACAGGGAGAACGUCGUGGCCAGCGUGGCCUUCCCCACCGAGGUCAAGGUGGACACGUGCGGCCGUGUGAAUCUGGACAUCACAACCCUCAUCACAUACGUGUCGGCACUGAGCUACGGUGGCUGCUGCUUCGUCUUCCGCGAGAAGGUGCUGACCGAGCAGGCUGUCCAGGAGCGCCGGGAGCGCGUCCUGCCCCAGCUCGAGGCCUUCAUGGCUGGCAAGGAGCUGUUUGCUUGCGAGUCGGCCGUCAAGGACUUCCAGGCCAUUCUGGACACCCUGGGGGGGCCCGGGGAGAGGGAGCGGGCCGCCCGGCUCAUCCAGGGGGUCCGCGUGGUGCCGGACCAGCCGUCUGAGCGGGCCUUGAGACUGGUGGCGAGUUCCAAGAUCAACAGCCGCUCGCUCACCAUCUUCGGGACGGGAGACUCCCUGAGAGCCGUCACGAUGACGGCCAACAGCGGCUUCGUGAGAGCCGCCGCCAACCAGGGCGUGAAGUUCAGCGUCUUCAUCCACCAGCCGCGGGCGCUCACCGAGAGCAAAGAGGCGCUCGCCACCCCCCUACCAAAGAGCUGCCCAGCUGGCGGCGGGCUCUGACGGCUCAAGGGAGGGUCCACCUGCCCCUGGACCUGCCGCCCCACAGCCUCUCCCCUCGGAGAUACUCGGAGGUACCGAGGGCUGCCGGACAUCCAUCUGCAGAGCUGCGGCAGAGGGAGCCGCCGCUGUGGGCUUCCGCCAAGAGGGGGGUUUCCGGGUAGUCUGUGUCUGAGGCGUCCCCCAUUAAAUAUUGAUCCGGUUAAAGA